UGGUUAUUUUCUGCGUCGUGUUCACCUGCGCGGCUGCGCCACAGGUGCGCGGUGGACAGAUCGAGUGAGAUGGGUAAUUCAGACUCCAAACUACACUUCAGAAAAGCGGUGAUACAGCUUACUACCAAAACACAGCCCGUCGAGGCCUCUGAGGAUGUGUUCUGGGACCAGUUCUGGACUGACAUCAACUUGACGGCGCAGGAUAUUUUUGCUUUGGUUCCUGCUGCUGAGAUCCGUGCUGUGAGAGAGGAGUCUCCGUCCAAUCUGGCAACCCUCUGUUACAAGGCAGUGGAAAGGCUCGUGUUGAACGCCGACUCAGGCUGUGUGUGUGAGAGAGAGAGACAGGCCGUGCUGAGCUGCGUUCGUCUGUUGACUCGGAUUCUGCCCUAUAUCUUCGAGGAUCCCGACUGGCGUGGAUUCUUCUGGUCCACCGUGCCAAAAGUGGGCAAGUCUUUGGAUGGCCCCUCUGGUAUCCAGUCCAUAGACAGCUGUGAGUUCAUCUGGGAAGCUGGCGUUGGAUUUGCUCAGACUCCGCCUCUCAAUCACACCCAUGACUUUAACAGGACAGAGUUGUUGAAGCUUUUAUUGACAUGUUUCUCAGAAGAAAUGUACCAGUCUCCAUCUGACACACACACACUCAACCCCUGGGUCUCGUUCUUUUGCUCUAGAGAAAACAGACAUGCCCUGCCGCUCUUCACCUCUCUUCUUAACGUGGUAUGUGCGUAUGAUCCUGUCGGGUACGGCAUCCCGUACAAUCACCUGAUGUUCUCUGACCAGCGCGGGGUUCUAGCAGAGCUGGCGCUGCAGACACUGAUCGUUUCACUGGAGCAGGAGCUCGUUGAUAACUCAAACACCAGUACGAACCUGAGCACCAAUACUGACACCUGCUCUGCUGAUUACAAGAAGAACACAACUGCUGAAGGAUGCCAGGCAACGAGAGGCGAAAACCUGUUUGUAAACUACCUGUCUCGAAUUCAUAGAGAAGAGCUGGCUAACCUGCCUACAGACGUCAUCUCGAUCCAGAAAGCCCUGCAGAAGAAAAGCAGGAGCAACAGCACCCAUAAUGCCGUCUUCACGGAGACCAGCAACCCAUACAACACUGCCUGUAGUGAAGGACCGUAUAAAACCACACCGGUUCAAACGGGCACUCUGAACGCAAGCUUGAAGGACAUGCCACGUACAGGUUUGACGGACGAGUCUGAGAUCCUGAAGUUUCUGCAGCACGGGACUCUGGUGGGGUUGCUGCCGGUUCCUCAUCCCAUCCUCAUCCGCAAGUACCAGGCCAAUGAGGGCACGGCUCUGUGGUUCCGCACAUACAUGUGGGGCAUCAUCUACUUACGUAACGUGGAUCCUCCUGUUUGGUACGACACUGAUGUCAAGCUGUUUGAGAUCCAGAGAAUUUAAUGACACCGAGAGAACCAGCUCAACAAAACUGACUCAAUUUCUACCAAACCGACACUUUCACAAAGAUUUAAUUCAAAUUUACACUUUCUCUCUAAAAAGUAAAUUCGGUUUUGUU